AUGAAUGGACGAUUCCAGGUGUCUGCUUCUCUUACCUCUUCUCUGGCUGAGGAAUACGGCGACGUCGUGGCUGAGGACUCCUCCUGCCUUAAGGACUCCUUCAUCCAGCUGCCCCCCGCCGAGGGCCUGGAGGACGGCUUCCCGGAGGUGACCCCCGAGCAAGUCCGGCGGGAGAUCGAGCAUUGCAAGGAACUUUGUAGGGCGCUGGAGCAAGACCAUGCGAAGCUACAAAUGGCCAAGGAAACCGUAGAGCAAAGGACACGAGAGCUGAGGAAAGAGGGAGAACUUCUUCAUAAAAAUCUUGAGCAACAAAUGUCUUUAAACAGAGAUGAAGAGAGAUCCUGCCAGACGGGUAUUUUUUUAGCAAAGGAGGAGAAGAACAGACUGAUGCAGGAGAAGGAGGUGCUGAAAAAGAAGCUGAAAGAAGUGAGGAAGAGGGUCUGCUGGGAGGAUCCGGUGAUGAUGCUGCCUGCCUUGCCAGAGAAGAAAAUGGUGUUUAAGGGACUUGUGACAAACAAGGAGGACACAAACAAGCUGAUGCUCACCCCACUGAUCCGCUACCCUCUGCUGGGGGGCUCAGCUCUCAUCACCUUUGAGAAGGCAGAGGUGGCCCAGAGGAUCAUAGAGGUGAAGGAGCACGUGGUGGAGCUGAGCUACGGGGAGGAGCUGGAGGAGCUUGAUCGGUGCAGAGUGCGAGUGCAGGCAGCACCAGUGGACAUACUGCUGCCAUCCGCCCUGGAGAUGAGGCUGACUCGGAACAGCAGGAGUAUCCUCGUGUCUGACCUGCCCAGCCUGGGCAUCCCCGAGGAGGCACUGCUGGACAAGCUGGAGCUCUUCUUCAGCAAGACAAAGAAUGGGGGCGGCGAGGUGGAGAGCAGGGAGUUCCUGGACAACUCUGGCCAGGUGGUGCUGACCUUCGCGCAGGACGGAGUGGCAGAGCUGCUAAUUGCAAGAGGACACAUCCAGGUAUCUGUUGGGAAAGGAAAACACAAGCUCAAAAUAUCACCGUGCAUGAGUGGAGACAUCACUAACCUGCAGCUCCAGCCCUCCCGCUGCCCCAGGACUGUCCUGCUCUCGGGGAUCCCAGACGUGCUGGGUGAGGAGCCCAUGAGGGAUGCCCUGGAGAUCCACUUCCAGAAGGCCAGCCGCGGCGGAGGAGAGGUGGACACCGUCGCCUACGUCCCAGCAGGACAACAGGGGGUGGCCGUUUUCAUGGAGGACGCAUGCUAGCCCUGGCCAGCCCCAUCACCCCGAUGCAGUGCAGUUCCGUGCGGCCGCUGGCCCCUGGGCACAGUGGAAUUAAAGCAUCUGCA